AUGGGUGCCACGCCGCAGACCGACCGCCUCGCCGACUCUGAGGAGGUCGACAGGAUCACCUUCAGAGAGACGGAAAACGACCGACAGGUGCUGCUCCGACUGGAGAAGAAGGGCUUCCAUUUUGUGAACCAAGACGUUUUCCGGGAAAACAACGGGACCUCACUUUUAAAAUACGACAAAGAGAUGUCUGUGUUCAAGGACCAGCUGUCAGAACUGGAGAUCUCAUUCCCUCCCACCCGCUCUGACACAUCGGCCACGGUCUCGCCACAGUCUCGCCGCAGUCUCGCCGCAGUCUCGCCACAGUCUCGCCACAGUCUCGCCACAGUUUCGCGAUCAGGCGUCCCGAUGGAGGAAUGA